AUGACUUUGAAUGACACGAUUUGGUGGUGCUUCAAUUUGGAGGCGUUGUUUGGAGACAUGGCUUCGAAUUACAUCGAUAAGAAGUUCAAUAGUAGCAUGGGGUUUAGUGGUGGUUCAGGCUCAGAUUCAAACACAAACAGUGAAGAAGUACAAUCAACAGAAAGCAGAAGAUGGCGGCCCACAUGGGAUCAACGCAGAGUACUGGAGCAUGAGUGGUCUGUUAAGGGAAUCAGAAAUCCAAGCAGAGAAGAAAUGGAUAAAAUUGCAGCAAAACUGAACAUAGAAGCCAGGAAUGUCUACUACUGGUUUCAAAAUCAAAAAGCUAGGAGAAAGAAAAGAUUAGCGUUGGACACAGAAGCUCAAGGAGGGCAAACUACAAUUGUUCUGCCUGUAACACCUCCUGCAUCCCAAAAUCAGAGUAUCACACUUGAUGAAAUUCAUGCUGCUACAAUUGUUCUGCCUGCAACUCCUCCUCCUCCUCCUCCUGGAUCUCAAAAUCAGAGUAUCACACUUGAUGAAAUUCAUGCUGCAGCUUUAAUGGACAAAAAUCAGAGUAUCACAGCUGAGGAAGCUCAUGCUGCUAAACGCCAUGCAGAGGAAGCUCAUGCUACUAAACGCCAUGCAGCUCUAAUGGAGAGUAUCACAAGUGUUGAUGAUGAAGAUGCUACUCCUACUCGUAUUCCACGCCUUCUUCCAUUAUUUCCUACAAAGCCAGGAACUUAA